AGGGCAAAGAUGGCGGCCGUGAGUUAGAAAGCGGCGGGCGGCGGGGCCGGCGGCGGAGACUUCCAGGAGCCCGCGGGAGGAUCCAGUGCGAUAGAGAAGAUGGUGGAGCCAGGACAAGAUCUGUUGCUUGCUGCUUUGAGUGAGAGUGGAAUCAGUCCAAAUGAUCUCUUUGAUAUUGACUCUCCAGACGUGGUUCUUGCAAAUCCAGCACCAACUCCAGCUGUUCAGCAGUCGGUGCCGCUCAGCGCCUUGGAGCUGGGGCUGGACGCUGAGGCUGCAGCUGCUGUCAAACAAGAACCAGAGACUGUCUCCACUCCAGCCCUGUUAAAUGUUCGGCAACCACCAUCCACCACAACCUUUGUGCUGAAUCAAAUAAAUCAGCUUCCAACUCUGGGGACGACCAUAGUGGUGACAAAAACGACGCCGGUGACGACCUCGCGGCAGACGAUCACUGUAGCAAAGAUCAUCCAGACCAGCACAACCACCCGGCCCUCGGUGGCAGCACCAGCAGUUCGCAAUGCCUUGACCACUGCACCUUCCAAGGACCAGAUUCAGCUGAAAGAUCUGCUCAAGAACAACAGUCUUAAUGAACUCAUGAAAUUGAAGCCACCUCCUAAUAUUGCCCAACCUGUAGCGACAGCAGCCACUGACCUAAGCAAUGGUGCAGUGAAGAAGGAGGCUUCCACAAAAGAGGUAGCAAGGAUAUGGAUCAAUGACAUUAAAAUGAGAAGUUUUUCACCAACUGUGAAAGUGCCAGCAGUAAAAGAAGAGGAGGAACCCGAGGAGGAAGAUGAAGAAGAAAUGGGCCAUGCAGAGACCUAUGCUGAAUAUAUGCCAAUAAAAUUAAAAAUUGGUUUACGUCACCCUGACCCAGUGGUGGAAACCAGCUCCUUAUCCAGUGUGACUCCUCCUGAUGUGUGGUACCAGACAUCAAUAUCAGAGGAAACCAUUGACAGUGGCUGGUUGUCAGCUUUGCAGCUGGAAGCAAUCACUUAUGCAGCCCAGCAACAUGAAACAUUCCUGCCCAAUGGAGACAGAGCUGGAUUCUUGAUAGGUGAUGGUGCUGGUGUAGGAAAAGGAAGGACCAUAGCUGGAAUAAUCUAUGAAAAUUACUUGUUAGGCAGAAAAAGAGCAGUCUGGUUUAGCGUGUCAAAUGAUCUGAAAUACGAUGCUGAGAGAGAUUUGAGAGAUAUUGGAGCAAAAAACAUAUUGGUGCAUUCAUUAAACAAGUUCAAGUAUGGGAAGAUUUCUUCCAAACAUAAUGGAAGUGUGAAGAAAGGUGUCAUCUUUGCUACCUAUUCCUCUCUUAUUGGGGAAAGUCAGUCUGGUGGUAAAUACAAAACCAGAUUAAAGCAGCUCCUUCACUGGUGUGGUGAAGACUUCGAUGGAGUUAUUGUAUUUGACGAGUGUCAUAAAGCAAAGAAUCUGUGUCCUGUUGGUUCAUCAAAACCAACAAAAACAGGUCUGGCUGUAUUGGAACUUCAAAAUAAACUUCCAAAAGCCAGGGUUGUUUAUGCCAGUGCCACAGGUGCAUCUGAGCCAAGGAACAUGGCAUAUAUGAACCGUCUUGGAAUAUGGGGGGAAGGAACUCCAUUUAGGGAAUUCAGUGAUUUUAUUCAGGCCGUUGAAAGAAGAGGUGUUGGUGCCAUGGAAAUUGUUGCUAUGGAUAUGAAGCUGAGAGGAAUGUACAUAGCCAGACAGUUGAGUUUUUCAGGUGUAACUUUCAAAAUCGACGAAGUUCUGCUCUCACAGGAAUAUGUUAAAAUGUACAAUAAAUCUGUGAAACUGUGGGUCAGUGCUCGAGAGAGGUUUCAGCAGGCGGCCGAUCUCAUCGAUGCCGAGCAGCGCAUGAAGAAAUCCAUGUGGGGUCAGUUCUGGUCAGCUCACCAGAGAUUUUUCAAGUACCUUUGCAUAGCCUCAAAGGUGAAAAGGGUGGUGCAGCUGGCUCGGGAAGAAAUCAAGAAUGGCAAAUGCGUUGUCAUUGGCCUGCAGUCGACAGGAGAAGCCAGAACAUUGGAAGCUUUGGAGGAAGGUGGUGGGGAACUGAAUGACUUUGUUUCUACAGCAAAAGGAGUAUUCCAGUCUCUUAUUGAGAAGCACUUUCCAGCUCCUGACAGGAAGAAGCUGUUCAGCUUGUUGGGAAUUGACCUGACUGCUCAGAGUAAUAACAAUUCACCCCGGGACAGCCCUUGCAAGGAGAACAAAGUAAAGAAACGAAAAGGUGAAGAAAUAAGCAGAGAAGCCAAAAAAGCCCGCAAAACAGGUGGCCUUGCAGGGAGCAGCUCUGAUGAGAGUGAGAGUGAGUCUGAUGCUUCAGACAAUGAAGAAAGUGACAAUGAGAGCUCCAAAUUUUUGAGUUCUGGAGACGAUGAUGACUUCAACCCCUUCAGAGAUGAAUCCAGUGAAGAUGAUGAAGAUGAUCCCUGGUUGAUUAGAAAAGAGCAUAAAAAAAAUAAAGAAAAGAAAAAGAAGAAAAGCAUAGACCCAGAUUCUAUUCAAAGUGCCUUACUAGCCUCUGGUCUGGGAUCCAAACGACCCAGCUGCUUCACUUCCACUGUUGGAACCACCACUUCUAGUACCAACACGUCUGCAAACAGUAACACAAACAGCAGCUUUGUAACGAGUCAGGAUGCUGUUGAAAGGGCCCAACAAAUGAAAAAAGAACUGCUGGAUAAACUGGAAAAGCUGGCUGAGGAUCUUCCACCUAAUACACUGGAUGAGCUUAUAGAUGAACUGGGUGGUCCUGAAAAUGUUGCAGAGAUGACGGGCCGCAAAGGCAGAGUGGUGAGCAACGACGACGGCAGCAUCUCCUACGAGUCACGGUCUGAGCUGGAUGUGCCCGUGGAAAUCCUGAACAUCACAGAGAAGCAGAGGUUCAUGGAUGGAGAUAAGAACAUUGCCAUCAUCUCAGAGGCUGCCAGCUCUGGUAUCUCACUGCAAGCAGACCGCAGGGCCAAGAACCAGAGGCGGAGGGUGCACAUGACCCUCGAGCUGCCGUGGAGCGCCGACAGAGCAAUCCAGCAGUUUGGAAGAACUCAUAGAUCCAACCAAGUGACUGCUCCAGAGUAUGUGUUCCUCAUUUCUGAACUGGCAGGAGAGCAAAGAUUUGCAUCUAUAGUUGCAAAAAGACUGGAGAGUUUGGGAGCCCUGACCCACGGGGACAGACGGGCCACAGAAACUCGAGAUCUCAGCAGAUUCAAUUUUGACAACAAGUAUGGCAGAAAUGCUCUGGAGAUUGUUAUGAAAUCCAUUGUGAACUUGGACUCCCCAAUGGUCUCACCUCCUCCUGAUUUUCCUGGAGACUUCUUCAAAGAUGUUCGUCAAGGAUUGAUUGGUGUAGGCUUGAUAAAUGUGGAGGACAGAUCUGGAAUUCUGACCCUUGAUAAAGAUUACAACAAUAUAGGGAAGUUUCUGAAUCGAAUUCUCGGCAUGGAAGUCCAUCAGCAGAAUGCUCUGUUCCAGUACUUCUCUGACACAUUAAAUGCAGUUAUUCAAAAUGCUAAAAAGAAUGGAAGAUAUGACAUGGGCAUCUUAGAUUUGGGCUCUGGGGAUGAGAAGGUGAGGAAGGCAGAUGUUAAGAAGUUUUUAACUCCUGGAUAUUCUACCUCUGGACACGUAGAGCUGUACACAAUCAGUGUGGAGAGAGGAAUGUCUUGGGAUGAAGCAACAAAGAUCUGGGCAGAACAAACAGGUCCAGAUGAUGGGUUUUAUUUAUCACUGCAGAUAAGAAAUAACAAGAAAACAGCAAUUCUAGUAAAAGAAGUGAAUCCUAAAAAGAAGCUUUUUUUGAUAUACAGACCAAAUACUGGGAAACAACUCAAACUAGAAACAUGUGCAGACCUGAAAAAGAAAUAUAAGAAGGUACCUUCUGAGGAUGCUCUGCCACACUGGCUGGAGCAGUACAACUCCUCUGCAGACACCUGCACCCACGCCUACUGGAGAGGGAACUGCAAGAAGGCAGGCCUGGGGCUGGUGUGUGAGGUGGGGCUGCGCUGCAGAACCUACUACGUGCUGUGUGGCUCCGUGCUGAGCGUGUGGACGAAGGUGGAAGGAGUGCUGGCCUCGGUCAGCGGCACCAACGUCAAAAUGCAGAUCGUGCGCCUGAGGACAGAGGAUGGGCAGAGGAUCGUAGGUUUGAUCAUUCCUGCAAAUUGUGUGUCGCCCCUCGUGAACCUCCUGUCGACGUCCGACCAGUCGCAGCAGCUGGCAGUGCAGCAGCAGCAGAUCUGGCAGCAGCACCACCCCCAGAGCAUCACCAACCUCAACAAUGCGUGAGAGGACAAGCUACAGGUGUUGACUUUGGUGUUUGAGGAAAAGGCUGUAAAAGCAUAUCACUUGCAUAAAAAUCAGGGACAGAUUCCAAAGAAAUAUAACUUUUUCAGUUCAGUUGUGUCUCAAAUACUUUGGGAAUAAAGAGAUCUAAAAAGGUUGGUAGAACUGAAAGCCAGCAGUUGUUUAUGGUGGUGCAUCUGUCUUUCCUUAUGCUCUCUGUAGUGCUUCCUGUUUGCUUUUACUUUUGGCCUUUUAAGCUACAAACCACAAUUUGUUUGAAAAUGCUUGAAAAUCCCCAAGCAGGCUUUAUUUUUAUCUUGUCAUACAGUGCUCAGGGUUUAACGCAGUGCAUCGAUGCCAUUGCUGUGGGAGAUCUCGAAUGCAUGUAUUGAGUAUAUAUAUAGAAAAUAUAUAUUGGGUUUUUCUCUUCAAUUUGAGUUUAUAAAAGCAUGAAACCUAGAGGUUGCACAUCAUGCAUUCAGGUUCCUUCCCAGUUUCUGUUUGACAGUGCAUGUCUUUGGAAACGGGCAUGGACGGCAUAAACACACGAGACAGGAAUUCAGAGAGAAACACAAUCUUAGUUGUACAGCAUUGGUUAUUGCAUUUUUAUAGUGUUUAUACCCAGGUGUUGCAUUUUUUCUGGUUCUCUCCUGGGAGUUAUAUAUUUGAGUCUACAACAUGUUCUUUUUGUGAUAAACAUCUUAAAUUAAAAUUAGUUCAUUUUUAAUGUAUUAAUGGUAUUCCUAAUGUGUACUGCAAAGAUGGCUGGAUGCCUGUUUUCCUUAAAUUGAAGCAUUUCCUUAAUCUGAGGUGGUUAUGGAAACUUAAGUGCAAAUUCACUUCCAUCUCGCAUACAAUCUUAUAUUUUUUACUUCAUUAACAUAAUUUAAUUUGUCACUUUUAAGAUGAAACCUUACUUGAGCUGUAAAUUAGAGAAUGGGAAACACUUGAGGGUUCCGCUGUAUGUGCUGUUUCUGUUAUGUUUAAUAUGUUGUAAGACAUUGUAGAGUUUAUCUGGAGCUGUUUAAAAGAAAUUGUAAUGUACAAAUGUGAAUAGUCACUUAUCUAUAAUAUGGGUAAGUUUUGUUUUGCCUAUAAUAGUAGAUGUUUAUAAGAAAGUGAAGGACAAUGUUUGUCAUUUCUUGCUUGCACAGGUUGCACUAUUGAAAAAUUGAGAUUGUAUAAACCUGUCCAAAAAACUACAAGAUAAUGAUCUUGUAGAUGUCAAAUAAAAGUUAUUGUACUAACAAGAAGUGGAGUCUUGUUUAGGCAAUCACCAUAUUCCAAAAAAACUAACAAGUCUGUACAAUUGGAAUUGGACAGGACUUGGCAUGUUCCUGCUCUAACCAGGCUUCUGUCUUGCAGCCCAAACCUCUCGGCUGAACUCACUAAUGAGGCAAGAGCCAAACUCUGUCUAAAGCUCCCUGUGUGCUUUAAGGAAGGCUCAGCUCAGUUCCAGAGCAGGAUGGCUGCAGGUGUAGCACCUCUGAAGCACUUGGUGAGCCACUCAAGG